UCUUUUUUUUGUGCAAAUUAUAACGCAUGUAUUUAAUAUCUAACAGUUAUCUAUGUAACUUUAAAAGCUAACACAAUUUUAUAAUUACUCAAACUUCUAACCAUAAAAGCUAAAACCACAACAUCAGGAAAAAGAAAACUAUAAAGCAACCAUUAUUAGUUGUCAAUUUAUUCAACCAAAAAAACGUAUUUCAUAUUUAACUGAUAAAGUAGAAAAAUCAUCAAAAACGACGAUGUCGUCAAAAAUGAAAUUUGCGGCUCUUCUCAUCGUUGUAAUUUCUCUCCUUGUUAACAAUGUGAAAUCCACUCGAGAGAUAAACCUCUCCGGGGAAAUUUGUGGAUUCUAUGAACCUGCUGUAUUUUGUAAGAGAAAAGAAGAUUGUUUUGAGAAAUGUGGAGGCAGGCCUUCUAAUAAAGUUUUCUGUGUGCGAACAGGACAUGGCUUUGAUCGUGUGUGUUGUUGUCGCGCUUAACAUGUAAUUGAACUGAGAUCUUAUUUUACUACAAACAUAGAAAUUAUAUAUUUUUAUCAAUAAAUUAUUAUACGUUUUUUUCUGCACAUUUUCUCUCAAUUUAUUUCUUAACAUUUUGUAUGUGUGUCGAUUAAAAAUAGAUACUAAUGUAACAUUUCUUAACAUUCAAUCCGUUUUCAUAUAAUAUAAAUUUAACACUUAAAAUAUUAUUUUCGGAUUUAUAACUAUGUUUUGAUUUAUGUAAACCGUUUGAUUCAACUAAAAUUUUAAUUACAAAAUAUUUUUUUAGGAGAUUGGAUACAGUUAAUAAACGAGAAUUUUUAUGAAGGCCUUUCAUAUAUAAAUUUUGGGGUAAAAAAUGGAAUACCUAGAAAGUUUGGGAUAAAAACGAAAGAGAUAAAUACAAGCUUUUAAUCUUAUAUUUAAAAGUUUAUGGAAUAGACAUUAAUACAAGCUUCUUGUCUCUUGUUUGGCUUCUUCACUUGUUUAUAUGUAAGCAACAACCCUACCUUCUUCUUCUUCUUCUCUCUUUACCAUUUUUUUUUCAGUUUCUCGCUUUUCCCAGUCCACUCUCUCUCUCUACCUUUUGACUCCAUGCCGGUCGCCGGCGAAAUAUUCAACGGGUAAUUAAUUUCCGGGGAUUGACCCGAGACGACGAGAUCUAAAUCUACCAGUGGAGUUAUUUUUUGGGGGGAUUAUUAAUUUGGGUUUUGAAUCGGAGCUAGAAAAUUUUCCAACUUUGGAAGAUUUUGAGGAUGAUGUUGUUGUUAUAUAGUUUUGAUUGUUUGAAGAUUUGAUGGCCAAAAUAAUAAAGAGAUGGAGAUUCUUUUGGAGCAACAGUCGAAAUCUGUGUCCGGAUACUGGGACAAGAGUUGCCCAAUUAAGCAAGACUUGCUUUUGAUACUUGAAGAAGAAGAAGAAGAGUCUUGACAAAAUUUGUUGUUUGUAUUGCAAUAGGUUUCUUUGUUUUUUGGUUGGGGUUGGAUUCUUUGUAUCGAAAUAGGUUUUUAAACA